AUGGGGAUCACCCGCGUGCUCCACCCCGCGUCAAGAUGCUACCACGCCUCCAAUUCCAACGUGCUGUGUAAAUAUGCAACAUGUCAAGAUUUCAACAUCUUCAAGCUAUCCUCUCAACAAAUCUCGAGGCUCAAAGAGAAGGCCUCGGAGAGUGUUAGUAGUGUUUGUGUUCGUGUGACGGGCUUCAACGUCGUUACCGUUUUGGUUUGGAGGUGCAAGGCACUCUCUUUAGUAGAAGAAGAAGAGGUGGAUGAUCUUGAAAAAGAAUCAACCAUUCUUUACGCGGUGGACAUCAGAGGGAGGCUGGAUCCUCAGCUUCCCUCUUCGUACACGGGAAACGCGGUUUUAACGGCGUACGGAAAGGCGAAACGAAAGGCAUUGCUCGAAGAACUGUUUGGGACGAUCGUGGAAAUGGUAGGAGAACGUGCGAAUCGGAUAACGGAUGAGUAUGCCAGAUCCGCUAUAGAUUGGGGAGAGAUGACGGGAUGA